GUCAGUCAACUCGCAUUUAGCAAAGCAAUCUCAACUAAGUCAACUUUUGUUAAUAAGUUAACAGAACUAUCAAAAUGUACAAACUGUUCGUUUUCUCGUGCCUGAUCGCCGCCGCCGUUGCUGCUCCAGCUCCAGGUGUCGUCGUCGCCUCCCCAGUGGUUCAUGCUGUUCAUGCUGCCCCAGUUGCUGUCAGCCACCAGUCCUCCCACGUUGUGCACCACACGCCAGUCGUUAAGCAUGCCGUUGUUGCUCACCACGCUCCAGUAGUUGCCGUGCACCACGCUCCAGUCGUCAAGGCCGUCCCAGUUGUCCAUCACGCUCCAGUGGUCCAUUCUGUCCACGCUGUCCACCAUACCCCAGUUCUGGCCAAGACCGUUGUAGCCGCUCCAGUCGUCCACUCCGUUCACCCAGUCCACUCCGUCCACCCAGUCCACUCUGUCCCAGUCGUCAAGAGCUUCGUUUUCUCGUGCCUGAUCGCCGCCGCCGUUGCUGCUCCAGCUCCAGGUGUCGUAUUGGCCUCCCCAGUGGUUCAUACAGUUCAUGCUGCCCCAGUUGCUGUCAGCCACCAGUCCUCCCACGUUGUGCAUCACACGCCAGUCGUUAAGCAUGCCGUCGUUGCCCAUCACGCUCCAGUAGUUGCCGUGCACCACGCUCCAAUUGUCAAGUCCUACCCAGUCGUCCACCAUUCUCCAGUCGUCCACUCCGUCCACGCUGUUCAUCAUACUCCAGUUCUGGCCAAGACCGUCGUCGCAUCUCCAAUCGUCCACUCCGUCCAUCCAGUUCACUCUGUCCACGCUGUCCACUCUGUCCCAGUCGUCAAGAGUGUUGUCGUGCACCACUAAACCAUCCCAAUUAUCCCUGAAACCUAACUGAAACAAACCUUAAGACAAAGAAUAGCAAUGUAUACUCUUCCUGGAAUCUGAACAGCUCAUCAAAGGAUUAAAAAAUAGAUUUGUACAUACAUGAAACCAGUAUCUGUGACUGCAGAUAAACUUUCUCUAUAGUUAAAUCGACGUAAUGAACAGUUUGAGUCUAGUAGAAUAAUGCGAUUACAUGACAGAAGUGCAAAGAAAGUAAAUAACGAUUCAAAAUACACGCAACUUUGUUGAAAAAGUUAAACAA